AGUCCAUCGACGACACCAAUGGCAUCAUCAACGCAGCGCGACGAGAGUCAUGUGUGGUACUUUGCGAUCGGGUCAAUGAUGAACCCGAUCAGUCUCUCGAACCGCGGUUUGGCCCCGGUCGAGAGCCACCCGGCCGAAGUCCUGGAGUACAAGCUGCAGUUUUUUGGCGCCGCCGGCAUGGCCGAGGCCGUCCCGGAAGCCGGCGCCUCGUUCCACGGUGUGCUGCACAAAAUGGCAUCCGCCGAAAUGCAAGUCCUCGACCAAAUGGAGUCGACGUACAUCCGCGUGCCGGCAACGACGCGCCUCUACGACGGUCGCCUCGUUGACGCGACGAUCUAUGGCCGGGACGCGGCCAAGGUCGCGGCCUUGGGACAAGAAGACAAGCCGCCGAGCGAGCGCUACAUCGAGAUCAUGGUGCGCGGCUGCGAGCACUACGGCGUCGCGGCUUCACACAUUGCGUUGCUCAAGUCGGUGCCGUUCGUACCCCGCAAGUCGCCCAGCGACUACAUCUCUGUGCCCGUGCCCGACGGACUCCGGUGGUUCACGCAAGAGGAGCUCCGCGCCGGCACGGGCGUCGACAAGCGUCCACUGCUUAUCUCGAUCAACGGCAAGGUUCGCGAGUACAUUGGGUCCCCGGAUUUUGCCAUGUACAAGAACAUGCUGCGCAUGGCUGGCCAGCCCAUGGAGCCGUUCAUCGCCAAGAUGCUCUACGACCCCAAGUAUGGUUGCCCGUCGACGCUGCAAGAGUUUACACGCGAGCACUGUGCGUGCAUUGAAGACAUGACGAUGCAAAACUUUAGCAAUCUCUUCCAGACUGUCGGUCUCAUUGCGCAGACGUACAAGGAGGAAUAAAUGUCCUUUGAUUCAAAAACAUCUUAUUCGAGUGUUG